AUGUUCCGAAUAUUCCGUCCAAAUAUGUUACAGGUGCAAGUUCUGCAUUUACGUGGUAAGAAGGAUGCAAUUGGAAAACCAGAUAAAUCCAACCAGCAAAAAUCAGAUAAAUCCAAACAGCAAAAACCAGAUAAAUCCAAACAGCAAAAACCAGAGUGCGAGUGUAUAUGUCCUCCAAAUCAUUACAAAAUACUCACUAUGGACGAUAUGCAAUUGCCGUAUGGUAAUUGGAAAGAACAAUAUCAAAAAAGAAACAAUAAAUACAAUAUGAUAUUCUUGUUUGGUUUGGUUUCAUUGAUUGGUUCUAUUACAAUUCUAACCAAAUCUAUGUUUUUUAAUGCAUUUCCACCUCCUUAUCCCUUCGAUAAAGAAGAUAUAUUUGAAUGCGCUGAUGACGAUGAAGACUGUGAAUUUGAAUGUGAAUGUGAAUGUUAA